CCCCUACAAUGUGACUACAAAUGGAAAAAAAAGGGCUGAUCGUGGUGCGAUGGAAAGAUCUCGUAAAACCACCGAGAUUAAUGAAAAAGAUGGCCGUAUCUGUAGUGAGUUAGAAAAGGAUAGCAUGUCUUAUGUAAUGUGGCUGCCAACUGUGUAAAAAUUAAAAAUCUAAUACACAAAAAUUUCACUAAAUUAAACUAAAUUCUACAAAAUUUAUCCAACCAAAAUAAAACACUUAAAUCAAUUUUAUUAAUUUACUUUUAUUUCAUUUAUUUAUUCGCUUUCGUAACAAAAAAAAACCCAACUAAUUUGACAUCUGUCAUUUUAAGAUAUUUAAGGUUAUGUCAUUGUAAGCAAAUCAAAAAUACUCAAAACCUCUUUUAAUUCAUUUUAAUUACUACUAAAAUGGAAGCGGAUUGGAAUAAGACUUUCAAUAACAUCAAAUGUCUUCACGAUUUAACCUUUAAAAGUGUUGAUGAUGCUAUAAAAUUGGAAGAACAAGAAAAACCACGUCAGGCUGUUGAAAAGUAUAAAGAAGCUAUAACUUUUAUAGAUCAAUCAAUGAAUGUUCAUGUUACUUACCCAGAAGACGAGGAUGAAAUUGCCGGUUUUCAUGAAGCAUGUAAAAUGAUUCAAAAGUUAAAGAAAACUAAAUCAGAACUUACCUUGCGGAUUGAUUCAUUAGAAAAGAGUGAAUCUCAAAACAGUCAUACUAUUACUUAUGCUGAAUUAGCUGAGGAAUUAAACAAUUUAGAUUCUCAAGCUGUUCAAGCCACCAACACUUAUGUAAUUUUUACCACAGAAAAUGCACGAGUUUAUUAUGUUGAUAAAGAAGGAUCUGUACUUUCAAAUUCGGAAUCUCAAAGGCUUGUUGUUUUUGGAACAGACGGAGAUGUCCCAAAUAAAUUCUUACAAAUAAAUGAAUGGGUUUAUCCUUUAGUUCCUGGUGUCUCACCUUGUUUUAAAUCAGAAUUUGGAGCGUUUAUGUUCCCUGAUAUUAAUACAGAUCAAAAAAUUGGAAUUGUUCUUCCGGAAGAUGAAGCACCCAUGUUUUAUGAUUUAUUAACAAAUAUUCUUGAAGGAGUUAUUGUUGAACACCCCGAAAUUGUUGAGGGUUUCGAUGAAAAAUUAUCAUCUAAAAUAGCUGCAGGUGCUAAAUUUUUAGCUGAUGGAAUUGUUUCUUCAAGCACAAGAAUCGGAAAUUUUCUUGAUCAUUCCAUUCAGCCUCCACCUCCUAAAGGUCCACCAAAAAAUAUCCCUGCUUACGUUCAAUCGGGAGCGAAAAUAACUGAAGCAACAACCAGUAAAACCGCACAAGUAGUUGGAUUUGUUGCUGAUAAAGUUGGAAUUGCAACUUCUAAAUUAGGCCAAUAUUUAGCACCACAUAUCCAAGCCCAAGGAACCAAAUUAUUACAAUCCACUUUCCAAUAUAGCGAAGAAGAAGCUUCGAAAAAAGUAAAAAGCAUUUUAACUAUAACCGGUGGGGCUGUUGCAGGUUUGGCUACGGUUUAUUAUGGUUUAGAAACGGCUGCUGGAAUAUUAGGAAAUAGUUUAAAAGAUAAUACCGUUAAAGUUAUUGAGAGCAAAUAUGGACACCCUGCAGGGGAUGUCGCUUUAAGUAGUAUGAAUACAGUUGGAAAUGUUUUUACUAUCAAUCAUGAAGCGAAAAAAUGUUUGCCAAUUGGUAUUGUUAAACAAACUGUUAAAAAUACUGGAAAAGCUGUUAUUAAUACUCAACAAUAAGUUUUAGAGGGGGGUUUUAUGGUUAAUUUAAUAUAAAAUGUUGAAUUUAUAUAUUUUUUAUACAUAAUUAAAAAAAGUAAAAGUAAAAAUUGAUUUGGGAAUAAAGUGUGAAAUAAAUAUUUUGAGAAAUGAAUUAUUUUUGAAAAAAAAUUAACCUCGAAAUUUUAGUAUACUAUAUUUUUGUGUCUGGUUUAGUUGAGCAACACAAGCCUACAAUUAUAUACUAUUAAUUUCAAUUAAUUUGUUGUUAUGGUUAACUUAUACCAGGAAUCUGGGCCUGGGAAUUUCAAGUGAUUAUAUCAUUUUUUAGGUCUAAAUAAAGUUAAAACUAGAAAAUUUUAAGUUA